AUGGCCUCCCUCCCCGCCCUCCGCGGCCUGGCGGCCAGGUCCUCCUCGCAAGCCUCCUCCAUCCUCCAGACCUGCAUCAGGCCACUCGCCUCAACGACAUCCCCCCCGACCGCCGCCGCACAAACGACCUCGCCGCCCGCGUCGGCGGCCCGACCCCUGCACACCACCGCGCCUCUGCAGGCCCGCAAGCCCAGCUCCUCGCACCACCAGCAGGCCGACCCCAAGAUCGUCAACCUGUCCAAGGGCCUGCGCCUGACGAGCUACAUGCCGCCGCCCCUGCGCAUGGCGCGCAACCGGCACCUGCGCCACUGGACCAUCCACCGCGCCUGGCUGCUCUUCCGCCGCCGGCAGCGCGAGGCCCGCGAGCGCGACCUCAUGCGGCAGUACCAGAGCAUGCACAACGCCUGCGAGGAGCUGCGCCGCACGGCCGGCCCGGGCACCCGGGAGACGGGGUACCUGUACCGCGUGGCCAUGGAGAAGAAGGGCGUGUUCGGCCACCACGGCGUGCCGAUCGAGUACGCGCGCCCGCAGACCGAGACGCCGGCCCGGGAGCCCUGGAACCACGACUGGAAGCGGUAG